GGGUGGGCGGGUCUGGACGAGGCCACGUCCCCCGGCGACAGUAUGGCGGCAGCCAUGGCGGCCACCGAGCGGAGAGCGAAGUGUACCGCGAUGGGGGAGGCGCUGUCGCUGUCGUCCUUGGCGCGAACGUCGCUUUUUCUUUUGCUCCUGGCCUUCUCACUUCGGGCCCAGCUUCCAGACGAUACUACACCUAAAGCAGAAAUACCUCAGAAUGCUAAGUCAAUUCAUAAGGAUGAAAACCAGAAUUUAUCCUCAGUUAUGUCUGCAACCAGUGAGAACAGUAUACGGAAUAAAACAAAUGAAGAUACGCUUGCAACUUCUUUGAAAGUUGAUACUUCUGUUAUACAUGCACCCACUCUAGCAGAAGAUAAAGUAGUCCAGCCUCCUGUGUCACCUUCAGAAACUGUUAGCCUUAAUCAACAAAAUAUUGAUGUUUCAGAAGAUGCAGAUAGUAAAGAAUAUGACAUGACAGACAGAAAUAUAUUUACUAGUUCCCUACCAACAGCAAAAGAACCUAAAGAUUAUGUCAUCUAUGAUGCAGCCUCUAACUCUCAGAAUAAUCAAGAUGACCAAGAUGUGUCAGAAUUUGCAGAAGAUUCAGGGAUGGGAAACUUCGAGAAUAAGAAGUCAUUUGCUCAUAACAUGAAGGACACUACAGUCUCAGCAUUGGAAGAUGACAGUCAUUUCUUUUUUCACCUUGUUAUUUUUGCCUUUUUGGUUGCUGUAGUUUAUAUCACAUAUCACAAUAAGAGAAAGAUAAUUUUGUUGGUUCAGAAUAGAAGGUGGCGAGAUGGUCUGUGUUCCAGAACAGUUGGAUAUCAACGUUUAGAUCAAAAUGUGAAUGAGGCUAUGCCUUCAUUAAAAAUUACCAAUGAAUAUAUUUUUUAAAAGUAGCAUGACCCAAAUUUGCGGAAUUAGGAAUUUUCUUUGCCUUUCAAAAUAUAAUAUGGAUGAUUGCCAUAAACAGUUAUGUGUGUGUUCUCUUUUUACUUUGAAAGUUUUAGCCUUAUGAGGAUAUGCAAAGUAAAUUUUUAUUUAGGUGAAAAUUGGACUUCAUUAUUUUUGUAUAUACAGCUUAUUGUUCAUCAGUUGAUUUAUUUUUCAUGCAUUCUCUGCCUGGAGCAGUUAAUAGUCCUAGCUACAACUUUUCCAGUUGAUCAAUAUUCAGCAUAUUAAAGAAUGUACCAGAUUCCCUAUUUGGAUAAUUGUCCUUGUUUCUCUCCUAAUGCAAACUGCUUAAUACUACAUACAGUGUAUCAAUAUAAUUCUAGCCAAAUGAUUUCUUAAAAGAUUGUGUUAAUAUUUCUUCUCUGAAACAUUUGCAUAAAGACACGUUUUAAAAGAAUAUGAUUUUUUUUUCACAUUCAAAUUGCUGAUUCAUUGAUCUUACACAAUUCUGAAAUAGGAUGUCUGAUGAGUCUGAUCUUAAUUUUUCUUAGCACUUAGCAAUGUAUUAGAAGAAAGUACCAUUCAGAAUAAAGACAAACUUUUUCUGGCUAGAAAGUGCCCAAAAAAUACAUUUAGCAUGUUAAGUAAGGUUUAUGGAGGCAUAUCUUUGUAUUAGGUAAAUCUGAAUAUGGAAGGGAGGUAAAUCUGAAAAAUAAAGAUUGCAUCCAAUGGUGUCAUUCUGCCAACAAGUGCAAGAUGAACAUGGAUGGCAGAACAGAUUCCCUUUUCUCUAUGCCUCUCCAAAGUUCUGGAGAAAAUUUGACAUAUUAUGGAUAUAUGGAUAUAAAAAAGAUACGAAUAUAAAAGGAAUGGAAAAUUACAUUGUACAAGUUGACUAUUAUGGAUGUUGAUUCGAAUAAUUUAAAUUACUUGGGGAUAAAUACAGCAUAGUAAUUAGUUGCAGUAGUUAAAAAAAACAACCAGGAUUUGAAACUGCCCAUUUUUGGAGAAUACGGCAACAUUUUCUUUAACUUUGAAAAUUUCUUUUGCUUGAAAUAUGUGACAAAUUACUGAUAUGAUUGCAAUUUUUUGUAUGCAUAUUUUGCUGUUUAUAUUGAUUGACAUAAAUUGUAAAAUAUUUGUUAGCAGUUUCACUUACUGUAAAAAUACUGUCUGAAUUGUAACUACCAUAGGGCUGAAAAACCUGUAAAUACUAAUGACCUUAUUUUCAAGUGAUGCAAUGUUAUGAACACUUUUAAACUCUGGACUGAGAACAUUUACAGUGAGCAUGGUAUUCUUUGUGUUAGUAAAUUAAGUAACAGAGCUUCUUAAUUUAAUAUUCUUAAAUGUGAGAAAGUAAAAUACAGAAAUAUGUGUAGGACUGUUUUCUUUCGGAAUUCUUAUGAGCUUGACCUAUUUUUAAUAGGAUCUUUCAAAUAAACCCUAUAACUAGCUU